AUGACUUCGGUGUACGCGUGUCCCUCGGCUGCACUGCAGCCGGACCGGGCGGCCAGCGUCCGCCGUCAGCCGAGUCUCCGCCCCCGCGGACGCGACGCCCGGCCCGGCUCGGGCGGCCCGACCGACGAGCGGCAGUCGGUGCCUCGCCGCGUGUGCACACACGCCGGUGCAGACUGGGAAGAGGUGCGCAUCAGCCUGGCCUGCCUGGGCUACACGACCACGCCCGAGGGCGGCGCAAGGCCACACUCGGCGGGCACGCGUGACCGACGCCCGGCUGCACUCAGGCCCGCCUCGCUCACCGCCUGCCUCGGCCUCCAGCCAAUCCGCUGCCAGUCGAUACGCCUCAGUCUGGCCGACUUGGCGCCCAUCUAUCGUCGCCGGACCGCCCCGAUUGGCCGAUCGGCCUGGGCACGCAAAGACUGCCAGAUCAAAGUGCCCCAGCCCGGAGCACAGACUGCCCUGGGCAGCAGCCGAGACAGCCUCGAACGAGGGCACAGGCACCAACAGUGCAGUGAUUCCGGGGCAAGUGGAUAUCGAGAAGAUCCAGCCGAGUCCGCUCACACCGUCUCGAGUACAAAACCGCGCCUCCGAUUGUGGACUAGAACUAACAAGGGUCGAUCUCAUUGGAACAAGUUUCUUCUGCUUAGAAUGGUAACUACCCCAUUUUGUUGCAUAAAAUUGUCUUGA